AUGAAGCGACUAGCCCUACCCCGCACUCCCAGGGAGGCCAACUCUGGAACCAACCCAGGCCUUGUUAAUUCCAAAGCUCAUGCCCCGAACUACCACACUCUCGCGCCUCCCCCGGAGAGCGGGACCCUACAUCCCUGGGCAGAGACCGUCUGGGCGGCGGCUGGCUCCCGCCCCGCAGCCCAGCCGGACAGGCCUCGCCGCGGAACCCCGCUCACGUUGCGGGUGGCCGGGAGCGACGAGGACGGACGCGCGGGCGCGACCAAUGAGAGGCGGCCUUCCCGAGCGGCCCGGCGGCGGUGCGGCCAAUCCGCGCGGCGCUGGCGGGGGAAGGGGCGGGUGCUCGGGCGGCUCGCGUUAGGCCGCGCCUCGGGGGCCCUCGCCCCUCACAAGCCCCGGGGCCGCCCCGCUUGGGCCCGAGCCCUGCGACGCCGCGAGGUUAGGCGAGGCCCGUCCGCGCAGGCAAAGACCUCGCCCGAGGGCACCGCCCGAAGCACGGCCCGCAUUCCGCUCUCGCCCAGAGGCGCGGUCUUUGCUUCUCAGCGCUCGGAAGUGUCAGGAGCGCGGCAUCCCUCCCUCAGCGGGGUCCCGAGAGGCCACCCUGCUAGGCCGUGCACGCCCCGGGUCUCACCUCUUGGGGAUACGGGAACGGAGAAGGGAAUCUCAGCCGCGGACUGUAGCCGGCACUACCCACCCCUGCUGCCGCUCCGCCUCACAUUCAAACCCCGGCAAAAUGGCGCGGCGGCGAGGCUGCGGCCCGGGCGCAUGCACAAAGACUUUCCUCCAGUCCUGGUGAGAACAACCGUAAUGAUUUAAGAAUUUCCCAUCUUUGAACGCUAAUUGCGAAGGAAGCUGGCUCGCAUCAAGUGUAGGUCUACCAUCUCUGCCAGGAAGCCCUGGAGUGUGCCAAGAUUAACAUGUCUGUGGACAUGUCUAGUGGUGCCCACUCCCCUCGCCCUUUCAACCGGAAGAAGAACCAUGCAGGAAGGCCAAAGAAAGCUGACCGUAUCUGCCACAGACUCACUCCUGGGUCCUAUUAACACCAAAGAAGCCUUUUUAGAUUCAGAGUCAGAUUAGUUCAGGGGUUUUCAACCUCAGCACCAGUCAGAACUUGAGGCUGGGUAAAUCCUCCUGGUGGAGGCUGUUUACCAGCAUCCUGCCCACCCGCCUACCGCCUGCUGUGACAAUCCAAAAUGUCUCCAGACAUUGCCAAGUGUCCCAAGUGCCCCCUGGGGACAGAAAUGAAAAUUCCUCGUGGCAGCAGGUUGAAAAUGACUGUUCUAGAUAAAACCCAGGCACUACCUGCUACGGUGAGAUAAAGA